UGGGUUCGUACUGAGAGAAGCUGCACACAUGGAUGAGCUGGAUUUGCUGUUAGAAGAGUUGGCUCUAAAUCCGUCUGGUGCAGAGAGUGUCUCUGAGAGCGGCAGCAAUGACGCAGCAUGUUCUUAUGGAGAGUCCUCAGGAGCAGGUUAUGCUGCACUCACCACUAAGAAUAGAAAUGACUCUGUCGCAUCAAAUGUGUACAGUGAUCUACCCGCCCCUGUGGCAGCUUCAGCCUCUAAGGAGCUGGACUUCCUCAUGGACGAUCUGCUGGGCCUGAGACAAGGGGUGUCGGCAUCUUCCCCAACCCCACCGCCACUUACACAAAAGCAGUCGGUGAAAAAGAAAAAGGAGGGCGGGCAGCCGGAGAACACAGAGAGCAGCAGCAUCACAGUAGAUUCAGGUGUGAAGGACUCAAGUCCAGGCAGAAAGAAAGACGCUAUCGACGACCUGCUGGGAGGCCUGAGCUCUGACUUGGAGAAGAUUGGUGUGCGCACCGUGCCCAAGGGCCACUGCGCGUCCUGUGGCAAAUGCAUUGUGGGAAAGAUGAUCACAGCGCUCGGUGAGGUGUGGCACCCUGAGCACUUUGUGUGUGUGGUGUGUAAGAAGGAGCUGGGCAUCUCGGGCUUCUUUGAGAGAGAGGGGAGGCCCUACUGUGAGACGGACUAUCACCAGCUCUUCGCUCCUCGUUGUGCCUAUUGCAAAGGGGCCAUUAUGCAGAACAUCCUGACAGCCAUGGACCAGAGUUGGCACCCAGAGCAUUUCUUCUGUGCCCACUGUGGCGGCCGGUUUGGAGAUGAAGGUUUUCUAGAGAGGGACGGGAAGCCAUACUGUACCAAGGACUUCUACCUCCUCUUUGCCCCAAAGUGCUCAGGCUGUGGGGAGUCGGUGAAGGAGAACUACCUGACUGCAGCCAAUGGCACCUGGCACCCAGAGUGCUUCGUCUGCGCUGACUGCCUGAAGCCCUUCUCUGAUGGCUGUUUCAUGGAACUGGAUGGUCGACCCCUCUGCUCGCAGCACUUUCACUCCCGGCAGGGCACUCUGUGUGGCGGCUGCGGUGAGCCCAUCACGGGCCGCUGCAUCGCCGCUCUCGAUCGCAAGUUUCAUCCCGAGCACUUUGUGUGUGCCUUCUGUCUGCGGCAGCUCAGCCAGGGCAUCUUCAAGGAGCAGAAAGGGAAGCCGUAUUGCUCAGGGUGUCAUAACAAACUUUUUGUGUGAGACAUAAGAAGCAUACAAGGAAUGCACCAUAAAAACCUAUCAGAAUCUUUAUUGCUGUCAUGCCUACACAAUGGAUAGUGAAUAAAAACAUGGCCACCAUUAUUAUUCUGUCAAAAUAAAAUCAAAGAUAAAACAGACGCAAAAGCGAAGAAAUACAUUAUACAGUGCUAUACCAUUAAGUUACCAAAAAAUAUAUAUAUAUGUCAUAUAUACACAUACGUACAUGUAUACAUAUAUAUACAC